CAUUCUCCUCGAGAUUUUCUCUUUCUUCUCUUCUUCUUCUUCCAGGGCUGCCUGAGAGUGGCGGACGAAAAAUCUCCAAAUCCCGAUUCCAUCACAACUCCGAUUCUCAACGCAAAUUAAACCCAUCGAUUCACCAGGUAAUCUGAUUCUCAUCAUCUUCUUUAUAUACAUCUCAGUCUCAGUUUCAAAAUCUGAUUUAAGAAAUUAGGUCUAAAAAAAUUAAUCUCAAUCUAGAUUAGAAAUUAGGGCAUCGUAAUGGGGAGUUCUAAGUAUGAUAGAGAAGUAGAAGGUGAAGUUAGGGUUUCUAAAGUCAGAGAUAAGAAGAUUAGGGAUGAUGAUGAUGAUAGGAAGAGGAGAUCUCACAGAAUACAUGAUAGCAGUGAUGGCGAGGAAGGUCAAAUUAGGGUUUCUAAAGUAAGGGAUGAUGAUAAUAAGAGGACUAGUAGGGAUGAUGAUGAUGAUAGGAGGAGGAAAUCUCACAGAAAACAUGAUAUCAGUGGUGGUGAAGAAGGUGAAGUUAGGGUUUCAAAUGUGAGAGAUGAUAAGAAGAGGGGUAGUAGGGAUGAUGAUGAUGAUGAUAGGAGGAGGAAAUCUCACAGAAAACAUGAUUCUAGUGACGAUGAGGAAGGUAGGGUUUCUAAAGUUAGGGAUGAUGAUGAUGAUAGGAGGAGGAAAUCUCACAGAAAACAUGAUUCUAGCAGCGACGAGGAAGGGAGGGUUUCUAAAGUAAGGGAUGAUGAUAGAGAUAGGAGAAGAUCUCACAGAAAACAUGACAGUGACGAGGAUGAGGAUAGACAUCGAAAAAGUAGUCGGGGAAGGGAUAAUGAUGAUGAUGAUAAGGAUAGAAGUAGCAGGAGGAGAGGUGAUAGAGAUAGAGAUGAAGAUAGAAGUAGUAGGAGAAGAGACAAGGAUCGAGGAGCAAGAGGUGGUGAUGUGGGAGAAGAUGUUAAGAAAUCGGAAGAAGAAGCGUCCGAAGCAAGGAAAAUUGUGGAUUAUGCUGAUCUAGGAAAAGGGGGCAAGAGUGGAGGAAUAUACGUUCCGCCGUUUAGGUUAGCUAGAAUGAUGAGAGAUGUGGAAGAUAAGAGUAGUCCUGAAUACCAGAGAUUGACAUGGGAUGCAUUGCGUAAAUCAAUCAAUGGACUUGUCAAUAAAGUGAAUGCAAUGAAUAUUAAGAACAUUAUACCUGAAUUGUUUGCUGAGAAUCUUAUCAGAGGAAGAGGUUUGUUCUGUAGAUCAUGUAUGAAGUCUCAAAUGGCUUCUCCGGGUUUUACUGAUGUUUUCGCAGCACUGUCUGCUGUGGUUAAUACGAAGUUUCCUGAAGUGGGUGAGUUGCUUUUGAAGAGGAUUGUAUUACAGUUGAAAAGAGCUUAUAAGAGAAAUGAUAAGCCACAGUUACUUGCUGCCACCAAGUUUAUAGCUCAUCUUGUAAACCAGCAAGUUGCUCAUGAGAUUAUUGCUUUGGAGCUUCUGACGGUAUUACUAGAGAAUCCCACUGAUGACAGUGUUGAGGUUGCGGUCGGUUUUGUUACAGAGUGUGGUUCGCUUCUUCAGGAUCUUACACCCAAGGGUCUCCAUGGUAUCUUUGAGCGGUUUCGUGGAAUACUUCACGAAGGAGAGAUAGACAAAAGGGUCCAGUUUCUAAUUGAAGGCCUCUUUGCCAUCAGAAAAGCCAAAUUUCAGGGACACCCUGCGGUCAGGCCUGAGUUAGAUCUUGUGGAACAAGAAGACCAGCUUACUCAUGAAUUAUCCCUCGAGGAUACGAUGGAUCCAGACACUUCUCUAGAUAUUUUCAAGGUGGAUCCAAAAUUUCUGGAGAAUGAGAAGAAAUAUGAAGAUCUGAAGCGCAACAUACUUGGUGAUGAUCAGUCAUCUGAAGAAGAAGGCUCUGAUGCACCCUCGGAUGGUGAGGAUGAUGAUGACUCUGACGAGGAAGAUGGGGACGAGGAGCAAAUGAAGAUACAGGAUGAAACCGAGACGAAUCUUGUGAAUCUAAGGAGGACAAUCUACCUCACUAUUAUGUCGAGUGUGGACUUUGAGGAAGCUGGACACAAACUACUAAAAAUUAAGCUUGAGCCAGGUCAAGAGAUGGAACUGUGCAUAAUGCUGUUGGAGUGUUGUAGUCAGGAGAGAACCUAUCUCCGGUAUUAUGGUCUCUUAGGGCAGCGUUUCUGCAUGAUCAACAGAAUCCAUCAGGAAAAUUUUGAGAAGUGUUUUGUCCAACAGUAUUCUAUGAUUCAUAGGCUCGAAACCAAUAAGCUCCGUAACGUCGCCAAAUUCUUUGCACAUUUACUUGGUACAGAUGCUCUACCUUGGCAUGUGUUAGCUUAUAUUCGCCUGACAGAGGAGGAUACUACUUCAUCUUCACGUAUCUUCAUAAAAAUUCUGUUCCAGGAAUUAUCUGAGCACCUUGGUAUUAGGUUGCUGAAUGAGCGGCUUACUGAUCCUGCUAUGCAGGACUCAUUUGAAUCCAUCUUCCCUAGGGAUAAUCCCAAAAACACUAGAUUUUCCAUUAACUUCUUUACAUCAAUAGGGCUUGGUGGAAUCACAGAGAACUUGCGUGAAUACUUGAAGAACAUGCCAAGGCUCAUUAUGCAGCAACAGAAAGAAGUUUCAGAAUCGGAAGGAGAAUCUGGGAGUUCAAGUUCCUCUGGUGGAGAUAGUUCGAGUUCUGAAUCAGAAUCUGAAUCGUCAAGUUCAGAGAGUGAAAGGGAGAAGAGAAAACGGCGCAAUUCAGAGAGUGACAGGGAGAAGAGAAAACGCCGCAAGAGAUGAAGGAGGGAUUAAAGAAAACCUAUGGCCUUUUAGUCUAAAAGCCUGACUCAUCAAGUUGUAAGAUGGAAACAGACGAGAAGCAAUGGUGCAAGUGACAUUUGAAAGAGUAAUUUUUGAUUUGCUGGGACCAGGUUUUAUCUUGUAGUCUGUUAUUACAUUGAGUGAACACUUCCAGGCCUUCUGUUACCCUUCUUAGUCUUGUUCUAGAAUUGUUAGUUGUUACUGUACAAUCCCUUGUGGUUAAUAAUCUGCUGCUUACUCUUGGCGAACCAGUCUGAAGAAAACCCGUGUUUAUUUUUAAAGAGUAACAUGGAUUCUGUUUCUGCAUCGCAGAGCAGAAAGCUUAUAAUCGCUCUGCUGUUUUGAGUUCUGAGAUGUUUACUUGGUGGUGUGACAGAUUCCAUGUAUAGAGCUUAGAUAAAGGUUGUAAGAGAAGCAGAGCUUGCUCCUACUCAUCUUUAUUCAGUAAUUUUCAGUUGUACUUGUAAUUCUUUGAGCUUUUAUUUGACAUUUACCUACUGUUGAAACAAUUUUGUUGAAGAGCAGUUUUGAAUUUUAGAUCUCUGAUUCA